GCCUCAGAUCAUAACAUACCGGGAUCGUACCAGAAACUUCGAUGUUUGUUUUUAUAUAGAAUUCUCACAAAUUUCUUUUGUUAAGCAAAUUUUUAUGAACAUCCGGUCAUAGUGUUACAAGUACAACUGGCUUUCGCUACGUCUUUCUCUUUCUUCCUUGGAUAAUCGUAAUAAGUCGCGAUGCUUUCUCGUCAAAAGUUGAUCAAGUGCUGUUAUUUUGUUGCAUUUAUGGAUUUGUUCGCAGUUGGUAUGUUGCUACCAUUAUUCAACCGUCGUGGUCGUGAACUUGGAGGGUCUCCUUCGAUGAUUGGUCUCGUAGGAUCCAUUUAUGGCUGUUUACAGUUCUUGUCGAGCCCAAUAAUGGGCAAGGCAAGUGAUGUUUGGGGUCGGAAAUCGGUCUUGCUUCUUAGCUUUAUUGGUUGUUUCAUUGGUUAUUUAUACAUGGGUUUGGCAAGCACGAUUCUUAUGUAUGCUCUGGCUCGAUUACCUACAGGCCUUUUAAAACACAGUCAGUCAUCAGCAAAAGCUUAUUUAUCAGACAUCACAUUACCUGAGGAACGAUCAGGUGUAUUUGGUUGGUUCAAUGCAUUUGGAAGUUUUGGUUUCAUAAUCUCACCCAUUAUUGGUGGUACUGUUGCUAUACACGACAAUGGAUACUUCAAAGUUUCACUUUUGAGCUGUAGCGUGUAUUUGUUCGCUAUAAUAUUUGUAUGGUUUGUCUUUGAUGAAAAUAAAAUAAAGCUGGAAAACUCCUACAUGGAUAAAAAAGUUGUAGAAGUGUUGGAGGGUGAUGAGAAGGUCAAUAUGAAUCUUAACAGACGUAAAAAGUUUGAAAUGGAAAGUGACUUGGUUAAUGACAAACAGAAUGACAAAGAGAAAUCUCAAAAUUUCAUUGUCUAUUCAAACGGCAAACAACCAUCUUGCAAACACAUUACAAAAUCUAACGAUAUAUGUUUCGCAUCCAUUUUCUGGCAUAUACAACCACAAAAAUAUCGUAGUAAUUUUACUGCUAUGUUGGAUUAUCGUUAUGGUGUAAAUGCUAAAACAACAGGCUACAUUAUAUCGUAUGGUAGUAUUGCUGGAGCAAUAUCUGGUAUGUCAGUGGGCUCUAUAUAUAGUUACAUACAAAGUGAUGUAAAGAUGAUGUCGAUUGGUGGAAUUUUGAUGAUGUCAUCUUUAUUUGGGAUAGCGAUGUCACCAAGUAUUUAUACAGUACUCAUAUGUAUGAUACCAUUGGCUCUCUCCAGUGCCAUAAUGAGAGUAAAUUCGUACAAUCUAAUGUUAAAGCGUGUCAAACCAAAGGAAAAAGGUGCCGUCAUGGGUAUCGCGGACUCACUGACAUCCAUUGCAAGAAUGUUAUCACCAGCUAUUGCAGGUUUUGCUGAAGAAGUUAGUGCUAUUGGACCAUGUUGGAUUGCUACACUUUGUGUCUUUAUUGGUGUUGUAAUUAUGUUGAAUUUAAAACAGGAUGAGGAUAAACGCGAGAACAUUGAAUAAUUAUAAAAUAAUGCUGUAAUUAAUUUUUCAUUUCUAAUUUUAAAUUUAGACAUGGGCAUUGUUAUCACAUUCCAAAGAAUAAGGUCUCACCACUGAAUGCGCUGUACGUUUACUUAAUUUAUCAAACACUUCAUCCACCCACGACUGUAACAUAGCUCUAUUGUCUAGAAAUAACUCAUCAAAAUUAUUUCGCAAAGUUAUUUCUUAAAUUCUCUUAAUGUUGUACAGUUUUCUAAUAUCUUCAUGAAUUAGACGUUAAUAAAUUGAGCUAGUUUCAAAAUGAACCAAUAA